AACCUCUCAAUACACACUGAUAAUCCAGACCUGACACCGUGUUUCCAGAAUACCAUCCUCGCCUGGAUCCCCAGCAUUUAUCUAUGGAGUGCAUUACCCUUUUAUCUCCUCUACCUAAAACACAACAGAAGAGGGUACAUCGUGCUUUCCGUGUUGAGCAGGUUCAAGACGCUGUUCGGUGUCCUGCUGUGGUGCGUGAGCUGGGCAGAUCUCUUCUACUCUUUCCACGAGCUCCUGCAGAACAGAACGCCUCCACCAGUCUAUUUUGUAACGCCACUGAUCGUUGGCAUCACUGUGCUGUUAGCUACAUUGCUUAUUCAGUAUGAAAGGCUGCGAGGAGUUCAGUCCUCUGGAGUGCUCAUUAUCUUCUGGUUUUUGUCUGUGCUCUGUGCUGUGGGGCCUCUCCGGUCUAAGGUCAUGACUACGACACAGCAGGGCCAUGCAAAUGAAAGGUUCAGGUUUACCACAUUUUGCAUGUACUUUGCUUUGAUAAUCAUUGAGUUGAUCCUUUCAUGUUUUAAAGAAAAGCCUCCAUUUUUUUCCCCCGUUAAUACAGAUCCUAAUCCAUGUCCAGAGUCAGCUUCAGGCUUCCUGUCAAGAUUAACGUUUUGGUGGUUUACAAGCAUGGCAAUUCUUGGGUACAAAAGGCCCCUCGAAGAUAAAGAUUUGUGGUCACUGAAUGAAGAUGAUACCUCAAAAAUUAUCGUGCAACGACUAAGUAAAGAGUGGGACAAAGAAAAAGCAGAGUGCAAACAGAAAGAGGAUGUGACAUAUAUGAAGAAAUCUAACCAUGCACUGAAUCAUGUCGGCGAUGGUCCAGAGGAAGCAGAAGUUCUGAUUAGAGACAAAAAGCGCAACAGGAAGCCUUCCUUUCUCAAAGCUUUGUUGAGGACUUUCGGGCCGUACUUCUUAAUCGGCUCCUUCUUCAAGCUGAUACAAGACCUACUUGCUUUCAUCAACCCGCAGCUGUUAAGUGCAUUAAUCGGCUUCAUUAAGAACAAAGAUGCCCCAGCCUGGUGGGGAUUUUCGAUUGCAGCUUUGAUGUUUGUCUGUGCUGUGCUGCAGACACUCGCAGUUCACCAGCAUUUCCAGUACUGCUUUGUUACUGGGAUGAGGCUGAGAACUGGGAUCACUGGAGUCAUAUACCGCAAGUCCUUAGUCAUCACAAACUCAGCAAAGCGCUCAUCUACUGUUGGAGAAAUUGUCAACUUGAUGUCAGUGGAUGCCCAACGUUUCAUGGACCUGAUGAUUUUCCUGAACAUGCUGUGGUCUGCACCACUCCAGAUAUUUUUAGCUUUGUGUUUCCUCUGGCAGGAAUUAGGGGCCUCUGUGCUGGCAGGAGUUGCUGUGAUGGUUUUACUUGUCCCAUUUAAUUCUGCAAUAGCAAUGAAAACCAGAGCAUUCCAGGUGGAACAAAUGCGAUAUAAAGACUCCCGCAUUAAAUUAAUGAAUGAGAUUCUGGGAGGCAUAAAAGUGCUGAAGCUGUAUGCCUGGGAACCAUCGUUUUCAGAAAAAGUGUUGGAGAUACGAAAGAAUGAGCUGCGAGUUUUGAAAAAAUCUGCUUAUCUCAAUUCUGUGUCCACCGUUGCAUGGAUCAGUGCACCAUUCCUGGUAUCAUUGACGACGUUUGCUGUGUAUGUCUCGGUGGGUGAGAAGAAUGUCCUGGAUGCAGAAAAGGCUUUUGUCUCCCUUUCCUUGUUUAAUAUCUUAAAGUUUCCCCUCAGUAUGCUUCCACAAGUCAUUAGCAGCAUUGUGCAGACAAGUGUUUCUCUAAAGAGAAUUCAGCAGUUCCUGAGUCAUGAUGAACUUGAUCCAAAUUGUGUGGAAACGAAAGUGAUUGCACCAGGCAGUGCCAUCAGUGUAACAAAUGCGGCGUUCAGCUGGGGAAAGGAGCUGAAGCCAUCUCUGAAAGAUAUAAAUCUCUUGGUCCCAAGUGGCGCUUUGGUUGCCGUUGUUGGCCAUGUUGGCUGCGGGAAGUCUUCUCUGGUGUCUGCUCUCCUGGGUGAAAUGGAAAAGCUGGAAGGAGAAGUGGCUGUGAAGGGUUCUGUGGCUUAUGUGCCUCAACAAGCUUGGAUCCAGAAUGCCACACUGAAAGAUAACAUUUUGUUUGGCCAAGCUCUUAAUGAACAGAAAUACCAAAGUGUCCUGGAGGUCUGUGCUUUAAAAACUGACCUGGAAGUUCUGCCAGGAGGAGAUCGAACUGAGAUUGGAGAGAAGGGCAUCAACCUCUCAGGUGGCCAGAGGCAGCGCGUGAGCCUCGCUCGGGCGGUGUACAGCAACUCGGACAUUUACCUGUUAGAUGAUCCUCUUUCUGCUGUGGACUCGCACGUUGCAAAGCACAUCUUUGACAAAGUUAUUGGCCCAGAUGGGGCACUUAAAGGGAAAACCCGAAUUCUGGUGACCCACAGCAUCAGCUUCCUGCCUCAGGUAGACCAUAUAGUUGUCCUGGUAGAUGGCAAAAUCUCUGAAAUGGGAUCUUACCAAGACCUUCUGAAACAAAACAAGGCUUUUGCAGAAUUCCUGCGAAAUUAUGCACUUGAUGACGACAUCGCAGAGGAUGAACCAACAAUGCUGGAGGAUGAAGAAGUCCUGCUAGCUGAAGACACCCUCAGCAUCCACACCGAUCUGGCAGAUAAUGAACCAGUGACGAAUGAGGUCCGCAAGCAGUUUCUUAGGCAACUUAGUGUAAUAUCUUCUGAGGGAGGAGAAUGUCCCAACAAAAUGUCAACGAAACGAAAAGUCUGUGAAAAGAAGCCAGCAGAGCCUCCUCUGCCAAGAAAAAAUCCUAACGAGAAACUUAUUCAGGCUGAAACCACUGAAACGGGAACGGUGAAGCUGACAGUGUUCUGGCAAUACAUGAAGGCUGUUGGCCCUGUCAUUUCUUUAGUGGUAUGUCUCCUAUACUGCUGUCAAAAUGCUGCUGCCAUUGGGGCCAACGUGUGGCUCAGCGACUGGACCAACGAGGCCGUGAUAAACGGGACACAGCAGAACACAGCCAUGCGCAUCGGAGUCUAUGCUGCCUUGGGCCUCUUGCAAGCCCUCAUCGUACUCAUCUCUUCCUUCACCCUGGCCAUGGGGGGCAUCAACGCAGCUCGGACACUUCACGCUGCUCUUCUGGAGAACAAAUUUCACACCCCACAGUCGUUCUACGACACGACGCCGACUGGCCGAAUCAUCAACCGCUUUUCGAAGGACAUCUAUGUGAUCGAUGAAGUCAUCCCACAGACCAUCCUGAUGUUCCUUGGAACGCUCUUCACCUCUUUAUCGACGACGAUUGUAAUUAUAGCGAGUACUCCGCUCUUUGCUGUGGUUAUAGUUCCACUUGCGAUUCUGUACUUCUUUGUUCAGCGGUUCUACAUAGCUACCUCCCGCCAGCUGAAGCGCCUGGAGUCUGUGAGCAGAUCUCCCAUCUACUCACACUUCUCAGAAACAGUGUCGGGGGCCAGUGUCAUCAGAGCCUACAGGCGAGUCAAGUCCUUCGUAGACAUCAACGAUCUGAAGAUGGAUGAAAACCAGAAGAGUUACUAUCCCAACAUAGUGUCAAACAGGUGGCUGGGCAUCCGAGUUGAGUUUGUGGGGAGCUGUAUCGUCUUUUUUGCUGCCCUUUUUGCUGUGAUUGGUAAAAACAAUCUGAAUGCAGGCUUGGUAGGACUUUCAGUAUCUUACGCGUUGCAGGUGACCUUGUCUCUGAAUUGGAUGGUCCGAAUGACUUCUGAACUUGAAACUAACAUCGUGGCUGUUGAAAGAAUAAAAGAGUAUUCAGAAACUGAAACAGAGGCUCCCUGGACCAUUGAGGGCAAGAGUCCCCCAGAAGACUGGCCAUCCAAGGGGGAGCUGGAGUUUGUGAAUUAUUCAGUGAGGUACAGGAAGGGCCUGGAUCUGGUGCUGAAGGGUCUAAACCUCCAAGUGCGCGGUGGAGAAAAGAUUGGAAUUGUUGGCAGAACGGGAGCGGGGAAGUCCUCCAUGACGCUCUGUCUCUUUAGGAUACUGGAAGCUGUAAAAGGGGAAAUUAAAAUUGAUGGUGUGAAAAUUUCAGAGAUUGGUCUCCAUGACCUUCGAUCGAGGCUCACAAUUAUUCCUCAGGAUCCUGUUCUCUUUUCUGGAACACUGAGGAUGAACCUGGACCCCUUCAAUAAGUAUUCGGAUGAAGAAAUAUGGAAAGCUCUUGAGCUGUCUCACCUGAAGAGGUUUGUCAGCAGUCAGCCAUCCAUGCUGGACUACGAAUGCACAGAAGGUGGAGAAAAUCUGAGCAUUGGCCAAAGACAACUCGUCUGCCUGGCGAGAGCGCUGCUUCGCAAGACGAGAAUCUUGAUCCUCGACGAAGCGACAGCGGCAAUCGAUCUCGAGACAGAUGAUCUUAUCCAGACGACAAUUAGGAUCCAGUUUGAAGACUGCACGGUGCUGACGAUAGCGCACAGGCUGAACACUAUCAUGGAUUACACGAGGGUUCUUGUUCUAGACAACGGCACCAUAGCUGAAUUUGAUACACCAGCAAACCUUAUAGCCUCAAAGGGUGUUUUCUACAGUAUGGCCAAAGAUGCUGGACUAGCAUGA